AUGGUGCUUGGCAGCAGGGAAGUUGCUAUUCAAGUCCAAUACAUCAUAAUGCAGAACUCCUUAUCAGUACCACCAAAAGAUCAAGGCGAAUCACACAUCCCUUCUGGAAAGAUUCAGAGUGGGAAAGGUUUGCAGAGUAAGAGUCAGUUUAGGACCAUUGCGCCAAAAAUCGUGCCCAAAGUCCUAACGUCCAGACUGCUAUCCUGCCAUUCCCCGUCACUCUCCGAGCAGGUGAAUCCAGGACCCUCCAGCAACACCAAGCCCCUGGGGGUGCCCGCCCAAAAUUAUGCUCUGAUGCAGGUUGCUGGACAGGAGGGGACGUUUUCUCUCGUCGCCUUGCCACACGUAACCUCAGCUCAGCCAAUCCAGAAGCCCAGACUGCCGCUGCCUGAAAACCUUAAACUGCCUAUUCCCCGAUACCAACCCCCGAGAAAUAACAAAGGAUCAAGAAAGAAACCCAUUCGGAGUUCCUCUGAGAGUGGCGGUGGCAUACCUCCUGCCCAAACCCAAACGUCCCCCACCCCACCUGACCAUACCGAAGCCCCGCACAAAGCCGGCCCCUUGGAGCAGGCGCCAUCACGAGCCCAAGCCCCAGCCGACGUCAGCUCAGCGCCACCAGCCAACCAAGGUGGCCCCGGAGACUCUCCACCUCCAGUGGCCAGUGACCGUGGAGAUCAGAGCCCUCCUGCCGCCCCGACACCAUCCACACCAGAGGAGCCCUCUGCCAAGCAGGACCUCGCAAGGACUUCGGGGAAAGCGAACUUGGCGACCAGGAAAACCUGCAGUAAGCCUUCUUCCGUUGCCGGUGGAAAACUGAAAGAACAAGUCGAUCUUGCAAAAGCCAUGACCAUUUUAUCACCAGCUGUUUUUGGCAACACAGUUCAGCUCAUCUCUCCAGUCCCCAGAGGUAAACUGCCAAUCCUCCCGUACGCUAGAAUGAGAACAGCGGAGGUGUGCAAGAGUCCCUCGGGGGUUACCACCACAGAUGGUUCUCUGCCUGGGCUCAGGGCCGUCUGUGAUCAGACCUUCUCCAUCACGGAAGGCUUUCAGGCAGCCACCAAAAUGGUUGGCAAGACACCUGCACCACAGUCGUCAAAGCAGAGUCCCUGCGAGAGUGCUUUUUGUCCCGCCACCAGGCUGGAUCUCAGCCACAAAGCAAAACUGAACAGCGGGGUGGCAAAGAGAAGAGUACGAAAACGAAAGGUACCGGAGGAAAUGUUGGCAUUUCAGGGGAAAAGGAGGAAGUGUAUCAUUAACAAGUGUAAAGAGAGUAAAGAAAGAGUGAAAACCGAUCCCCAAGAAUCCAGAGACCAAAAACCCGGGGCUCUGAAGAAAUACCGCAGCAUUAUGCCCAAGCCUGUGAUCGUGGUGCCCACUCUGGCUCCCGUGGCUUCUCCAGCAGGUGUGUUCCAGCCCCACACGCCCGGCGGCCUGGCACAGGACGUUCUGUUCGAUGAUUCACUCGCUCCUAAGUAUCUGGGCUGGAGGCAGGAUGGCGGCGCCUCUGCGAAGCCCAGCUCCGCGCUGCGGAAUGGCUUCCCGGGCGUCAAGAAGCCUUGGCACCGGUGCCACGUCUGCAACCAUCACUUCCAAUUCAAACAGCAUCUCCGAGACCACAUGAAUACACACACGGACAGACGGCCGUACAGCUGUCGGAUCUGUCGCAAGGCAUACGUGCGGCCUGGCAGCCUGAGCACGCACAUGAAACUCCAGCACGGUGAGAACCGUCUCAGGAAACUCGUGUGCUGCGAGUUUUGCGCCAAGGUGUUCGGCCACGUCAGAGUCUACUUCGGCCAUCUAAAAGAAGUGCACCGGGUCGUCAUCAGCACCGAGCCCUCCCCUGGGGAACGGCCACCGGGGGACGUGCCGAAGAACAGGGGCCUGAGUGCACGAGGGCCGGAGGGAUCCGUGGAGAGGGCAAACAAGUCGAGCCUGGAGGAGGACCUCCUCCUCACCCAGGCAGAUGAAGUCAAGUUGCAAAUCAAAUGUGGCCGCUGUCAGAUCACUGCUCAGUCUUUGGCUGAAAUCAAGUUUCAUUUACUUUACAUCCACGGAGAGGAAAUUCAGGGCCGGCUGCAAGAGGAGAUCCUACCAGGAAGCAGAGGCGCUCAGGAGGACCUGGUGAAACACGCUGCUCCUUUCUGGAAACAGCAUCCUGAAAGAAGAAAGUUGCUUAACAAGCACGGCCCCCCUGAUGAGGAGUUCCCCACAUUUCCCAAACUGAAAAGGCAGCUCUGCCUUCAUCCCCAGAAGGAUAUGGAAAUCCUCAGGAAGGCUGAAGGAGCCCAGGCAGGACCCAGCGAGGCGGGGGCGGGUCCCAGCCCCCACGCCCCCCAACUUCGGUCCCAUUCAGGCUUUAACUGCGUCUUGUGCACACAGAUACUGCCAAGGAAGGAAGAACUCCUCCUGCACUGGGAGCAGCAACACAACUGUGAGGACCCUCCCAAGCUGUGGACGAUUUUAAACACCCUCUCCCACCAGGGAGUGAUCGGACUUUCUGGCAAAACUGAACAAUGAAAUACUGGGGUGGGAAGGGGGUUAAAGAGAGUGCUGCUUGCUUGCUUUCUCUUUCUCUCAAAGCUUUGUGUUCCUAGGGUGGUGCUUAAUUAUAAAAGUCAAACAAGUUAGGAUCAGCAUUAAUGAGCACAAGUGAUUUUGUGCAUAGUUUUAUUUUCUUAUGAAAUACAUACAUAUAUAUAUAUAUAUAUAUAUGCCCUCGAUGUAUAUUUUUCUAGCCACAUGCAGUUUUAUUUCAAAAUUCUGUAUACCAAUUGUUAGUGUCCUAGACCUUGAGAAUAAAAAGAAAGAUGAAAAUUUGGAGAUUGAUCUGUAAAAAAUGAGAGGCUGUUCUUCAAAUACUGUUUUCAGCAUGUCUGAGUGUGUGCAUAUAUCAUUUUGUUCAGCUGGUUUCUGUUUAAGUAGACCAACAAAUGUGAUACGUUUCCAGGUGGCAAAACCAGUUCAGUCUCAAGCGUAGUAUAGUGUUGAUAUUUAUCAGAUUUGCUGGUGUAGUAGGAGAGGCUAUGGAGCAGUACAUUUAAUAAGGUUCGCGUCUACUGUAAUUGAAAAUCCAUGUUUCCAGGACUUAGAUUUUUUUUUGUAAUUUUGCUAUUUUCUUAAAUGUACGUUGCCUUGAAGAUCAGAUGUUGGUUAAGCCUUACAGCUGUAGU